GCGUUGUAAAGCCAGAUAGGGCAACGAAAAACUUUAACCUUUCAGGGCGGUUACCUUCUCCAUUCCAGAGAGCAUCUCGAACGCGAAAACCUCAAGUUUUAAUCGACAUCAAAAUUCCAUCGUCGAUGGGGAAGAGAAAGGAGCGCCGCCUUGCUGCUUUAAGCGGAGCUGGUCGAAGAGUAAAGCUUGAUCUUUUCGCGGAACCCUCUGGAGAUCUGGGUGGCUCCUCUGUACACGAUGAAGUUGAAGGGGAUACAGAUCCAAAUAGUCGUGCUGGAGUCCCCCGUUCAUCAUCUACUUCAGGUCAACUUGAGGAGAAUCCUUUGCUGUUGCUUGGGCAAUAUAGUGACGAGGAAUUGGACGAAGGAAACAAAAAGCCCAAUCAUGAUGCCACCGAGAGUUCCUUGAUCACUCAUACUGGCCAGGUAGAGGAAGCUGUGGUUACAGAAUGUGAAGAACUGGUAGGAAAUGCAAGCAAAGAAGUUGCUUCUCAUCAGGUCAAUGAAGAGGAUGUGGGGAACGAUUUUGCUCAACCUGAUGCUGCCAUAGACAUGGGUAGCGCUGAUACUGUAGAAACUAAUGUUGCUACUUCAGGUGAUCCGGGCAACCAAGCAGAUUCGGGGGCACAAGUCUCUGAUUCAGGGUCUUCUGGGAUACAAGUUGUUGGAGAUGUGACCUCUGGUUGGAAGAUAGUAAUGCAUGAAGAGAGCAAUAAAUACUAUUACUGGAAUAUAGAGACAGGUGAAACAUCAUGGGAAGUACCUGAUGUUUUGACUCAGGGAACAGAAAUGGCCAGUGAACAGAAAGUUCCUGUUGUUAAUGAAGUCAAGGAGAGUUCUCAUGUGGAUAAUUGUGCAUCCAAUCCAAAUUUUACACAACUAAAUGUGUUCUCAAACGUGACUGCUGGUGAUGAGCCUAAUGAUUCUAAAUUGAUACCUGAAUUCAUGGAAAAGCAUGAAUUGGGGCUUGAAAUGGAUAAUUGGAAUGAAAGAUACAAAGAUCAAAGUCUAGAUGAUCUAAAAUUGGGUGCCAAAGUCGAGCAAACAGAAUCGGAUGAUGGCUCUGGUAAAGUUACUGCACCGUGUCAAGAAAUGUCUUCGCUAUGUGGUUAUUCCAAAGAGCAGUCAACCUUUUCCAUUUCAGGCCUGAAAGACCAAAUUACUGGAAUCAAUGAACACCAAGAAAACUAUGAAGCAGGGCGUGCUCUUUCUUCUGAUCUUGUGAAGUAUGGUGAAAGUUUGUUACAGCGUUUAAAGGCAGUAGAAGGAUACAAGGAUAAACCCGAAGGACGUGACUGGUUGUCAAAGUAUAUCUUAGAAGUUGAGAUCAGACUUUCUGAUUUCAAGUCUCUCCUUGCUUAUGGUCCUUCUUUGCUGCCAUUUUGGCUGCACUCUGAAGGACAGCUUAAACGAAUUGAAUGUGCCAUUGAUAAUGAGCUCUCCCAGUUUGUUAAAUCUGAACAACUGCAUGAAGCUGAGAACGUGCAAAGCAUGGGAGACUGUAGAUUGGAUGAGAAGGAAGAUGUAAUAAUCUCUAAUUCUGAAAAUCCACAGAUCCUUCCCGCUGUUGAUAUGCUGAAGGUGGUCAAUAAAGAAUCACAUGACAGAUCUGCCGAUGAUCUUGGUAAUGCUGAAGAAACCCUUUUAACACAAUCUUCUACUCAGCAUUUAGGCAGCAAAGCAGAAGGAAAUUUGGAGAAGGCCAAUGGUACCAAACUUCUGGACAUAUCGAUUUCCAAAACGGGCCCCCAUACGGGUGAAGAUGUUGACAUGGAUGUUGACAUGGAUGUUGAUGAUGAAACUCAUGCAGACAACACGACUUCUGGAUAUGCAUUGAAUGCCAAAUCUUUACCGCGAACUGAUCAACAAAUUCAGCCAACUAUCCCUGCAGAAUACUUCUCGGUGCCUGAAGUUGAAAGUACUGCUCCACCACUUCCAGAUGAAGAGUGGAUACCUCCACCACCUCCUGAUAAUGAACCGGUUCCUCCUCCUCCACCUGAUGACCCGCUCCCCUCAUAUCCCCCACCACCGCUGUAUUCCGAAACAGCAGAAACUCCAUACACGGAGCAGUUCAAUUUGGCUUAUCCAAUUUCUAAUUUUGACUAUUACGGUACCACUAUUACUGAAGUCCCAAAUGCUAAUUAUUAUGCCCAUGUUGAAGUAUGUCAACUAGUUGAGCCUCCUCCGCAACCAGCAUAUUAUGAAACGAUGGAGAACACAUAUCCAGAACCUGCACCUAUAGUAGUAAACCCGCUUCCUGUGGAGUCCAUUGUGUAUUAUGACUAUUCUAACGGAACAGUACCCCCUGGAGCUGUAAUCAAUAGCAUAGAUUCCUCUGGUAUGUACAGUGGAUCUGGUUCUGUGAGUUACCAUGAUACUGCUGCGUCUGCUCAAACGUCAUCUGUUGAGAUCUUCACAGAAUCCAGAAAUAGUUCGGUUCCAAGUACAAUGGUUGAGUCUGAUGUUUCUGCUGUUGGGCAUGAGAAUGAGACGGUUAUUCUACAAGUUCCUCCUACCUUAGCCACUACAGAAAACAAAGUAGCAAAUGAUGGUGGCCCUGCAACAUCAGGAACUGUUGCUUCUGUUGCACAAUCUGCUACUGUAUCUAAGGUCCAGUCUAAAGUUUUGCGAGGCAAGAAACGUACAGUUGCAGUGGCACCUACUUUGAGGUCUAACAAGAAGGUCUCCAGCCUUGUGGACAAGUGGAAAGCUGCUAAAGAGGAGUUGUAUGAGGAUGAGGAAGAUGAACCUCAAAAUGCUUAUGAGUUGUUAGAAAGGAAGCGGCAAAAGGAAAUUGAGGAAUGGCGUGCACAACAAAUUGCUACAGGAGAAGCUAGAGAUAAUGCUAAUUUUCAGCCACUAGGUGGUGAUUGGCGUGAACGGGUUAGGCGUAAGAGGGCUCAAUCAACCAGAGAGGCAGUGGAAGCUGCACCAGAGGUGUCUGUGAAGGAAAAGCAGCAGCCUGAUUUAAUUGAGCUUUCAAGAGAUCUCCCGUCUGGAUGGCAGGCAUAUUGGGAUGAAUCAUCGAAAGAAGUAUACUAUGGGAACACGGUCACUUCGGAGACAACAUGGACCAAGCCGACAAGAUGAGGCAUUUCGUGUUUUUGAUACGUGUUUCUAAAUUUCCAGGGCCCCCGUUUAGGAAUUUACAUCUCAAUAUAUAUUAAUUUAUUUAUUUUUUAGUUCAGAUAAUGUAAGAGGGAAAAAGAAAUGCUCCCCUUUCGUUGGCAUGUAAAGGCACCCUCACUGUUUCUAGGUAGG